GAUGCUGGAGGACGAGGUACCGCGGCUGCUUCCAGAACUUCCACCACUCAAAUUAAAGAACAUCUGAUGCCUGUCGAAUGCCAGAACAAAUUCAGGAGAAACCGGGAACGCAGCAGUUUGGCUGCCUGGCAGUCGAGACAUAUAAACUGGCUUACCGCUGUUCAUAUUCAUGUGAGUCUAUUAUACCGGAACCACUGAUAUCUUAACCAGGGCAGCCAUUAUCCAUUUGAAGUUACGGGUGCUACACUUAAAGGGUCCACGAGUUUGUUACAGUUCAUACGAAACAUCCCCUUGUCGUCCAGCCAAAAUGCUGCCGCACGCGACCCUUUCGUUCACAUUUCUCAGUACCUUGGCCGCGACCGCCCUGGGUCACGGCAUGGUGACUAGCUUCAAGACGGACGGCACGCAGCACCAGGGGUUCAUCCUGGAUUACUACUACGCCAAGGUCAACAAACAGAAAGUCCCCGACAUUGCAGCCUGGUAUGCCGAGAACCUGGACAGCGGUUUCGUGGCUCCGAAUGCCUACCAAACGUCGGACAUCAACUGUCACAAGAACGCUUCGCCGGGAACUCUGACCGCCUCUGUUGCCGCCGGCGGGACGGUGCAGUUCAACUGGCCCGCGACCUGGCCACAUCCCUACGGCCCCAUUCUGACCUACGUCGCCAAGUGUUCGGGUAACUGUACCCAGGCCGAUAAGAACAGCCUCAGAUGGGUCAAGAUCCAAGAGGCAGGCAUCAACUUGUCGACCCAGAAGUGGGCUUCGCAGGACCUCAUCGACAACAAGGGUGUCUGGACCGUCAAGGUGCCCAAGUCUCUCGCGACGGGCAACUAUGUGUUCCGCCACGAGAUCAUUGCCCUCCACGGAGCCGGUUCGCUCAACGGCGCCCAGAACUACCCGCAGUGCUUCAACAUCCAGAUUACGGGCUCCGGCACCGCCAACCCGACGGGGGUGCUGGGAACCCAGCUGUACAAGAACACGGACCCCGGCAUCUACCUCAACCCUUACACUACGCUCAAGAGCUACACAAUUCCAGGCCCAGCUCUGUUCUCUGGAUGAAUCAACUGGCAAAAGCUUGAUCUGUGCCCUGACUUAGUCUUGGGCCAUUGCUUGCUUGUAAGGGUUGAAGGGGAGACACCCUCAACAG